AAGAAAGAUUCAUCUUCAUUCACUGAACCGUGGCCUUAUAAACCCCAACAACAACAACAACAACGAGACACUGAACCGUGUGUUCUGGUACUGUAACCUUUGUAGAGCUGGUAAAGCGCAGUGAGCCUUACAUUACACAGUAGGAGGAGCAAAGUUGCCAAGAUGUUGCUUGAUGUGGAUGGGUUGCAGGUGUAUUUUCCAUAUGAUUUUAUCUACCCUGAGCAAUACUCAUACAUGUUGGAUCUCAAGAGAGCCCUUGAUGCUAAGGGCCACUGUUUACUGGAGAUGCCUUCUGGAACUGGAAAAACCAUCACACUGCUUUCUUUAACCAUCUCCUAUCUAAGGGCAUAUCCACAAAAUCUCACCAAGCUCAUUUAUUGCUCCAGAACAAUUCCAGAAAUAGAAAAAGUGAUUGAGGAGCUUCGCAAGCUAAUGGCUUACAUAGAGAAAGAAACUGGAGAGCCUUCCAAGAUUAUUGGCAUUGCUAUGGCUUCAAGAAAACACCUGUGUAUCAAUCCUGAGGUCAAUAAAGCAAGGGAUGGAAAGGUCAUUGACAGUGGAUGCCAUGCACUCACAGCGUCUUAUGUGCGCUCUAGGGCUCAGCGGGAUGACACUAUUCCUCAGUGCGAUUUUUUUGAAAAGUUUGAUCUACAUGGCAAGGAAUUUCCUAUUCCUGCUGGAUGCUACAAUAUUGAUGACCUUCGUGAAUUUGGAAAUCAGAAAGGAUGGUGCCCUUUUUUUUUUUUUUAGCUCGGCAUCCCUGUAUUGCAUGUGGAUGUUGUUGUCUAUAGUUACCUCUACUUAUUAGAUCCAAAGAUUUCUGAGAUUGUAUCAAAAGAGUUUAAAAAAGAAUCUUGUGUAGUCUUUGAUGAAGCUCACAAUUCAGAUAACAUAUGCGUCGAUUCAAUGAGUAUCAACAUUAAUAGAAAGGUAUUGGACAAGGCUAAAACAUGUGUAACCAACCUUAAUGAACAUAUACAAAGGAUCAAAGAGUCAGAUAGUAACAGACUCCAGGAAGAGUAUAACCGGCUAGUAGCUGGUCUCCGGCAUGCUGCCAGUAACCAAGAAGUUAUCGCUAGUCCUGUCUUACCAAAAGAUCUUCUGGAAGAAAAUAUUCCAGGGAACAUAAGAACAGCCGAUUACUUCAUAUCUUUUAUGCGCCGCUUAAUUAAUUUUUUGAAAAUGCGCUUGACUGUCACACAUGCUGUCCAGGAAUCACCAGCAGGCAUGCUCAAGGAUCUUAAAAACAGGGCUUUCAUUGAUCGCAAACCAUUAAGGUUCUGCUCUGAGCGUCUGUCUUCCAUUAUACGUUCCUUGGAGUUAAUGGACAUCAGUGACCUCUCACCUUUAAUUGCCAUUGCUCAUUUUGCCACCUUAGUGUCCACUUACAUGCAGGGUUUUGUAAUAAUUAUUGAACCUUUUGAAGAUAAAGCUCCAAAUAUUCCAAAUCCAAUUAUGUAUUUAAGAUGCCUUGAUUCUUCCAUUGCUAUCAAGCCAGUUUUCACAAAGUUUCAGACGGUUGUGAUCACUUCUGGUACUCUUUCACCAUUAGACAUGUAUCCUAAGAUCUUAGAUUUUCACCCAGUUGUUCAAAAUUCAUUCACUAUGACACUAGCUCGGCCAUGUAUUCUCCCAAUGAUAGUGACAAAGGGCAAUGAUCAGGUGGCAAUAUCAUCCAAAUUUGAGUCUCGAGAUGAUCCUGCUGUAGUUCGAAAUUAUGGAAAACUACUUGCAGAAAUGGCAAAAAGCGUACCUGAUGGAAUGGUAUGCUUUUUUACAUCAUAUUUGUACCUGGAAAAUGUUGUAGCCACCUGGUAUGAUCAUGGUAUCAUAAGUGAUUUGCAGAGGCAUAAACUGGUUUUCAUAGAGACACAAGAUGAUGCAGAAACUUCCCUUGCCCUCGUCAACUAUAUGAAGGCCUGUGAUAGAGGGCGAGGAGCAAUUUUACUUGCUGUAGCAAGAGGUAAAGUCUCAGAAGGAAUAGAUUUUGACCAUCAUUAUGGUCGAUGUGUCAUUAUGAUGGGAAUCCCUUUCAUGUAUACCCAGAGCAGGAUUCUGAAGGCCAGACUUGAGUAUUUACGUGACCAGUUCAACAUCAGAGAAAAUGACUUCCUGACCUUUGAUGCCAUGCGUCAUGCAGCUCAGUGUGUGGGGAGAGUUAUGCGUGGAAAGACAGAUUAUGGUAUCAUGCUGUUUGCAGACAAACGCUUCUCUAGGGCUGAUAAACGAAGUAAAUUGCCACGGUGGAUUCAAGAGCAUUUAGUAGAUAGUAAAUGUAACCUUUCUACAGAAGAGGCUGUACAGGUAACAAGGCCUUGGCUGAGACAGAUGGCUCAGCCGUUCACUCGGGAUGAUCAGUUAGGCGUGUCACUUCUCACUCUUGAACAACUAAAUUCGGUGGAAAAUAUUGAAAAAGUUCAAAAGAGAGCGCAGCAGUCUUUUUGAAUCAAUAUUCUAUAUUGAUUUUUAGUGUUGCAAAGCCAGAAUUUUUUUUUUUUUUU